AAAAAAAAAAAAAAAAAAAAAAAAAAAAGUUUUUUUGUAAUUUCUUUCCAUAUCACACAAUACCCAUCAUGAACUACGAACAUUCUUUCGAGGAUUGCCCUCUGCGCACAUCUGGCUCAAUCACAACAACUGAUACAGCUCCUUAUAGAAUCCUAGACAUUGACAUUGACGCCCUGGAUCUGUUCAUUGCCAGUUACAACAACUUCGAUACCCUUUACCAUCAGCAUUUCCUACAACAACACUUUCAACAAAAACAAUCUCUCGAAACCUUUUCACAAUCCCCCUACACAUUCCCCCUUAUCGACCAUCAACAAUAUGAACAACCAGAACAACGUACCCGCGCUCGAAUCCGUGCCCUGCGCUUCCUAACAGGCCUUGAUAUCUCCGAGGUCUUGUUGCCUGAUUCAAAUUCUUGUCUAAACAGCCAACUGGCACAUUAUAGCAGUAGCCAUCAUGAUGAAUGUACAAGCCAAGUCCAGCCCUUUGUAAUUGCAGAUGAUGCUAUCAUCUCUGUAGAUGAACGGCAGCUGAGUUUGAAGCCCACAACACAAAGGCGCGUCCACGUUUGUAUCCACACCACCUUCCAGCCCCCUCACUCUCUCUCUGAAGACGCUACCUCAGACCUAGAGGGAACUAGCAACAGCAGUGACUACGACGACGACAGCUGCAACCGAAGUACCGUCUCUUCUUCUUCAACCUCCUCCUCCUCAAUCGCUCUGGGUUAUAGAAUAUAUCUUAUCAAAGAUGUCACAGAAAUGCAUGGCUUGGCUCUCGCUGCCAAGAAUGGUAUCAAAGCCAGUGGCCGUCUUUCACAACCUCAGCAGCCAUUCAUCGCACGACGAGAUCUUUAUCGACGAGUACAAGAUUUAGAGCACAGACAAAUAACUGACCCUGCAUCACCAUCUAAUGACGACUCUCGACCAGAAGCAAAGAAUGAGAACGAGAAUGAGAACGAGAACGAGAACGAGAACGAGAACAAGAACAAGAAGGUCCCUGUCAUCACCCAUCGAGAUUCCGGUAUCUUGAUCGUGGACUCGCAGAAAGAGGCUUCUCCUGUUCCUGCUCCUGCUUCCGGAACAGUGAGCACCCGCUCCUCCGUCUCUUCAUUGACCUCCAUGUUCUCUGACCCAGGCUUGCUGAUCCUUCAAGUAACUCGCUUCGGAACUGUGGAUCAUGCGUUCGCCAUCCCACAAUCAGAUGAUCAAGACACCCUCUUCAACGACAGGGCUUCAUUGCCAAGUCAGACACAACCCUUGUUCCUGGCCCAGAACAGGGCCGCAAUCGAAACCAUGGCCAGCAAUGCAUUGAUGGCCUAUUUGCAUCCUCAGGAUUUGGGUCUCCUCUGCAAAAGCCUGGACCAGAUCUGCAAGUCUUAUUACACAGUCUUCCGUGUCCGCUGGCGGGUUGAGGCCUUGGAUGACGAUGAUGAUGAUGUGUCCUGCCUAGGAGAUACUCGUGAGGAAAAUGAGGAGGAACUCCGCAAGAGGAAAGAGGCCAUCGAGAGGGCUGUACUCUACUCCGAUGCCGAGGGCACAGUAAGCACAAUCGAGUUCCAAGGUGAACUCUUUGAGGAAUGGGUAGAUCCUUCCGUGACAGCCGCUCAACGUACAGCAGAUCCCUUCGAGUAUCAAGAAUAUGCCUGGACCGAGGUCACAGGUCUGCUCGCCCAUGGUAGCCCUGUCCUAGUCGUUCGACCAUUGACAAUGAUUGAGAUUGAAGGUGAUAAACCUUCUAGCAAAGCUGCUACUGCUACCACUGCCACUGCCACUGCCACUGCCAUUACUACUGCCACUACCACUGCUACUACCACUCCCACUGCCGCUGCCACUUCUGCUAUCACCACUACCACUACCACUACCACUACCACUGCCACUGUCUCUGAUUCUGCCACUGCUUGCGUCGUCGCCUCCACCUCCACUGCCACUGCCACUGCCGCCGCCGCCGCCACCACCGCCACAGCUACAGUUAACAAGAGCCAGCUUCGUUCCAACUCACCCUAUGUUGACUCCACCAGCGAUGAUGAUGAGGGUUAUCUCGAGAUGGAGACAGACCUCGAUAUGGACAUGGAGUUGGACGACAUGGUGGUGAUCAAUUCCAAGACAACCCUUGUUGAUUUUGACCUUCAAAAGGACGGCACAUGGAAGCGUAUGGACCUUGGAGAGGGCUUGUAUCUGACGCAGUAUGGAAGUAUGCAAGGACUGUCGGGCCUGUUGAAGAGCUGUCCCAAUGGCGAGCCAGAAAUCCCCAUGUCUUUGAUCCCUACCUCCAUCUCUUCCCUCUCCAACCUGUCCUCUACUUUAUCCAACUUUUCACCAUCCUCUUUGCCCUCGACCACCACCACAGCCGCCAGAAACGUGGUUGCAUCCCUUCAACAACGAUCCUACCGCUACUAUGCUCGCCACAAACGGUAUAGUGCCAUCCGACCCACAAGUUUGAUCGCCUUCCUUUCAUCGUCCUCCUCCUCCUUGAUGACCAUGAAGGAUCGUUUGCCUACUUCUUGGGAUGAGGCUUCCAUGAUCUUGUAUGACGCUCGCAAGCAAUGGACCCAAGAGGCUUCCAUGAUUCUGUUGGAUGCUCGCAAGCAGUGGACCGAUAAGGUCCAAUCGCAUCAAGAACAACUCAAGGGAUGGUGUGAACAUUUGUUGGAUUCAGCUCUUGAUCAGACCAUUCGAGGGGUUGCAAACGGAAUGACUCUCUUGGGCCUGGAUCUCCAGCCUUAUCCUUCCCCUCCUCCCCAUACUAUCCUUUCGACCACACAAUGGGUGGAGUACAUGGAUGAGAUGGAGCAGCAACAGAUCCAACUACAGCUUCAACAACAACUUUUGCAGCAGCAAAAGGAGCUAGAGGAAGAUGAGAGGCAAAAGAAGAAGGAUCUGGAGAUGGAAAAGCUGAAGCAGCAAGCUCAAGCCAUCGUCGAAAUCCACAACAACAUCAAUAACCCACACAAGAGAUUGUCAGGUUUGGAUCGCGCUGGAAAAGUCUUGGAGGCCAACUGUCCUGUGGCCUUGGAGACUGUAGUCCGUCGAGUCGGAAGCAGUUGGAUCGGCCAGAGGGUCGGCCAAGUAGGAGCAACCGUAGGGGAGAUGUCAAUCACACGUCGUUGUGGUGAUUAUUUAGAUACAAAGAAGAAACUCGAGACCUUGGACAGUGUAGCGGAUCAAGUGGUCGAUUGGUGGGAGAGUGAGGAUCGAACCUCAACCGUUUUGAAGAAGGCAAAGGAAGUUGUUUCGACUGCAACUGCCACUUCAACAACUGUCUCGACCGCGACCGCGGCCUUGUCCUCGGCUGUGUCUGUUGUCUCUGCUGUCUCUGCUGUUUCUGCUGUACCAUCCAUGUCCAUGUCCAAGGUCAAGAGUUCGGUCCCACCCUUGUUGAGCACUGUUGUCUCUUAUACACCCUUUGUCCCAUCCUUCUUGACAAGACAUGUCAAGGUGUAAAAAAGUUCUUUUUAAAAAAAAUAAAAAAUAUUGUAAAUCAUACCCAUCAAAAAACAUAAGCAUAGAAAAAUAGACUUUAUUAUUAUUAUUAUUAUUUCGAAAGAUACAGCACAAACAAACUUUUGAAAUGUAUUGGGUAUAUAGCAAUCUAUUUAUUAAAAUACAAAUGAUCCAUGCGCU